ACCAACACGUUCAAUGCAUUUUUUUUUGUAUGUGCUGUUUGAAAAGUAAACAAAGACGAAAACACAGCAGAGUUGAAAAGGAAAGAAAGUCUGUGAUCCACCAUAAAAACACGGGAAAUACCUUGAAAUAACGCGCGUUUUUCUACUGACUCCAGCUGUUCCAGUGAAUGGAGCUGAUUUAAGUUAGACUGAGUCAUGGUUGAAGAACCAGCAGCAGAAAUGCAGCUACUCAGGAGCCUGAAGGCCAAGCUCAUAGACAUUCUGAGCAGUGACGCCGACUUUGUGCUGCAGCAUGCACACUCCCGCAGCCUGCUGUCUGAACCCGGCUACCAGCGGGUGAAAGCGUGCCGUGUUCCGGGUGAGAAGGUGACGGACCUGCUGGAUCACAUCCUCCAGAGAGGGCCUGAAGCAGCACGGGGACUCCUGGAGCUACUGAAGGACCAGGACCUGCAAGAAACCUUCCCACUCCUCUGUUUUGUUAAGGAUCUGCGAGUCACUACAGUGCCAUCAGAAGCAACAAGUAAGAAAAAGCAAGCACCUGAAACAGAGGAGAUCAUUCCUGUCAAAAGGAUCUGCAGAAACCGCUCUCGCUUGGUGACAGAGAAGCAGCUGAUGACCGUGGCCCGUGCCAUCGGCAGAUCUUGGCGUGAGAUCGGCAGACUGGCUCUGGACAUCCCCUCUGUGAAGCUGGAGCAGAUUGAGGAGGACAAAUCCCAGCACGUGGAGCGAGUGUUCGCCAUGCUGGGGCACUGGCGCACCUGCCAGCGGGAAGAAGCCACCGCGGCUCACCUGCACUCCCUGCUCAGUCAGGAUGACUGGGCCCUGCCACCGGAGAGAAUCGACUUUCUGCUGGAGACUGUCUGAGGCCUUCACUGUCUGUGUGCAACCUGCUGAGACUGAAACACUUUCAAAGUGGAAGGUUUUUACUGGAAAAUCAGUUUUCGACCUCAAAUAGACAGUUGGUUCCAUAUUAGUUACCAUCCAACACCUUUUUUAUUCUGUGUUUUUCCCAAGCUUUAAAUGGAUCAUUUACUUUUAAUGACAUUUCAGUUUGAUAUGAAAUGUUUCUUUUGUUUCCUAAAAUGUAUUUUUAAAAGAUGUGUUUUUAUUUUUGUGCCUGCAGCAGGGAUUUUCAUUCUCUUUUCAGUCAAUGAAAUACAGAAAAAAACACUGAGCAUGACUCAAUUCAUUCUAUUUUGUACACGCUAUCUCAACUCAUUACAUUUACAUUUUUGAAUUUUUCAUUUAGCUGACGCUUUUACCCAAAGCGACUUACGAUAAGUGCAUCCAACCAUGAGGAUACAAACCCAGAACAACAAGAAUCAAGAAAGUUCAAUUUCUUCCAAAAAAAGCUAAACUACAAAGUGCUAUAAGAACUCAUCAUUUAAUACAGAUUCUACCUGGAUCUGAACUUUUCUUUUGAAUAUCAUUUAAUAUGUUUCUAUUUUUAUGGACAUUUCUUCUUUUAUGUAAAGCACUUUGAGCUGUAUUUCUUGUAUAAAAGGUGUAAAUACAGUUUUGUAUUAUUAGUAUAUAUCUAAUGAAACCAUUGUCUUAGUAAAGUAGCACAUUCUGA